CCGGCCGGAGCGGGGCCGAUGGACGCGGGGCGCUGCCACCCGGGCGGGCGGCUGGACAUGAGCCACGGCUUCGUGCGGCACAUCCGGCGCAACCAGAUCGCCAGGGACGACUACGACCGGCAGGUGAAGCAGGCCAAGGAGCAGCUGCGGCGGAGGCUCACCCCCGCGCCCCCCCGGCCCCGCAGGCCCGACCAGCAGGUCUACCGCGCCGGCCGCCGAGGCGCAGCCGGAGGAGGAGCCCCCGCGGGCGGCGGCGGCGGCGGCGGCGGCGCGGAGGGCGAGUCGGAGGCCUCGAGCGGGAGCAGCUCCAGCAGCCGCGAGCGGCGCCCCCGCGGCCCGGCCCUCUUCUGCCUGGAGUACGAGGCCGACGGCGGCCAGGUGACCUCGGUGGUGGUCUACCAGGACAAUGACCCCGAAGAAGUGGUGGAGAAGGUCAGUGCCCAGAAUCAGCUGGAGCCAGCUUUGCACCAGGCCCUUCGGCAACGAGUACAGGAGGAAUUGGAGAAGCGGCGGGUGAAGCGCUGAGAGCCACGGCAGGCGUUGAGAAAUGCUUUAGGGGAAACGGUGCUGGGCCCUGUGUGGGGGGUCCCCUUCAGCUGCUCCAGGGUACCAUCGGGAGCGGCGGCAGAAGGAAGCAAGUCCAUCUGUUGACAGGUCUGCCCCAGGCAAAUGCUUGCAGCCCAGACUUGCUGGCUGGCUCUGUAUGGUAGUGGUCUGCGUUUCCCUCCCACUCUUGUGAACAUCCAAGCGGGCCUGCUGUUUGCUUGGACAACAAAACCCAGGCGAAGGUGGCAGGAUGUUACCAGCUGCCUUUCCCAAUUUCUCAGGCUCUUGGGUGAUGCUGAGGGUAGAGAUGGCUGCUGGUGAAUCGGUUAUUGAAGGGAGCUGCUCCCUCACCUAGAUUUGCAGCUUUUUGGUAGGUCAGCCAGAAGGGCCUUUCAGCCAGAAGAACGUGCUGGGGUGACCCAGAGAUCGUGGUGGGGAGGAUGGGAAGAAGCAUCUCUCUUGGGGGGCCGUUGCCUUGCCCUCUUCCUGCCAGGAAAGGUUCUCAGAAAUGUAGCACAGGGAUGUAAAUAAAGACCUAGAACCUGCUUUUCCAUCAUA